AUGGCAGGCAAGAAGGUCGUUGUGGUUGGACAUGGCCCCAUUGGUCAUGCCUUCAUUGAGAAACUGGCAGAGAGGGAGGCCGGGUUUGAAAUCACGGUGGUUUGCGAGGAGCCUCGUCCAGCAUACAAUCGCGUCAUGCUGACGCAGUACUUCUUGGACUGCGAUGGCGACAAGCAUGACCAGAUGAAGUUGUCUUACUGGAGCGAGGAGGACUUGAAGAGCAAGAAUGUCAAGCUCGUCUAUGGUCGCGCAACCAGCAUUGACCGUGACAACAAGUCGGUUGCGUACUCCAAAGUCAGCCACGGUGGAAGCUCUGUUGAUGAAGAUGCAGACUCCUUGAAGUACGACAUCCUGGUGCUUUGCACUGGCAGCUUCUGCUUCGUUCCACCAACUCCCGGCUUCGUUUUGCCAGAAAAGAAGAACCCUCAGUGGCCAGAUGACCCAGCUUCUCGCCCUGAAGGCGUCUUCGUGUACAGGACGAUUGAAGAUCUUGAAGCACUCAUCGCUGCAGCAAAGAACUCAAAGCGCGCAGCCGUGAUUGGAGGCGGUCUCUUGGGCCUCGAGGCUGCAAAGGCCGUGUAUGAUCUUGAGAUGGAAAGCCACGUCGUGGAGAUGGCCCCGUACCUCAUGCCUACGCAGCUCAACGAGGAAGCUGGGAAAGCGUUGGAGAGGAAGAUCAGCAGCCUAGGCAUCCAUGUGCAUAGUGGAGCCAAGAUCCAAGAGGCUGUCCUGGAUGGUGGCAAGGUCAAGGGCCUGAAGUUCAUUCCCCAUGGCGAAACCGAGCCCAAGAUUUUAGACGUGGACAUGAUUGUAGUCUCUUGCGGAGUUCGCCCUCGAGAUGAAUUAGCACGUGGCUGCGGUCUCGAGCUCGGUGGACGAGGCGGCAUCAAGGUGGACUCAAGCUUGUGCUCUACGGACCCUAGCAUCUAUGCUCUGGGAGAGGUUGCGUCGAUUGGGGGCGUGUUUUGCUAUGGUCUAUGGGCUCCGGGAGUUGACCAAGCAGAGGCACUGGUCAAGAACCUGGUUGAUGGCGCAGGCAGUGCCAGCUACGAGAAGAGUGACUUGAGCACCAAGCUGAAGCUCUUGGGAGUUGAUGUUGCGUCCUUCGGUUCCGAUGAGAGCUUUUGGUUCAAGCGCAAGUUCGACGGCAAGGACCCAGAAGUUGUGAACUUGGAAUGCAGCAGUCCCCUGGACGGCUCGUACCGGCGGCUGUGCUUUACGAAGGAUGGCAAGAAGCUGGUUGGAGGUGUCCUCGUUGGUGACGCGAAGGAUUACCCAAAGCUGCUGCAGAUCUGCAAGAAGGGCGACUUGGGCGGCGCUGAUCCGGAAAGCCUGGCUUUCCGCCGACCUCCCCCAGGUCAAGGAGCAGUGGCCAACGAUGGUGGAGACGGCACAGGCAUUGCCGAGGACGAUGUCAUCUGCACCUGUUUGAAUGUCACCAAGGGCGAGGUGGUGAAGGCCAUCAAGGACAAGGAUUGCUUGACA